AUGCUCCCGACUGCUCCACCUAUUGACGUCAAUAAGAACACCUCGUGGUUUUCGUAUCCUGGAGUCUGGACGACAUAUCUAAUCAUUGUCGUGCUGGUGUGGCUCUUAAUCCUCAUAAUCUUCCAGUGCAGUGUCGCUUCCGCUUGCGCUGCUGUCAAUAUUAUCCAUUUCGUGGUGACAUUCUACCUUUUCCACUGGAAAAAAGGUUCGCCCUUCGCUGAAGACCAGGGAUUAUACGAUAAGCUUACCUGGUGGGAGCAGAUUGAUGGCCGUAGGCAGCUCACACCCAACCGCAAGUUUUUGACCAUGGUUCCUGUUCUAUUAUACCUGGUGACAUCCUUUUACAUGCGGCAUGAUCCUAACUCUGAGCUUUUCUUCGUCAUCAACACAGUUCUCGUGUUUGCACUUGUCAUUGCCAAGCUUCCAGCUCUUGACAAAGUCCGGAUAUUUGGGAUCAACUUUGACUAG